AUGUUCAAAUUCGCCAUCUACUACUUAUUUGAUAAAACACUUAAAGUGGAAAGUACGUCGCUCAUUCUUGGUAGCGACCAGUUCAACCAAGUGGCAUCCCAGCCGGACCUUGAUGACGAUGCGAACUGGAUUGAAAUAAAAUGGCCCACGAGAAAAGAACCAAACAGGACGGUGCCUGCUAAGUUGCUGUUAUUUGGAGGCAAGUAUGGAGAAUACGAUUCCUACAAAGAACUUGUGUUGAAGAAGAAUUUCUUCCUUCUCGGUAAGGAUAUCUGGGCCGAGGAGGAAAGCAGGGGUGUGCGCAUGAAAAAGAAAAUGUGUGAGACCGAUGUAGUGAAGCCUAAAACGGCCAUACAGGCAAAGCAAACCAGGAUUAAAGAGGCAGCCAGGGACCAGGUGUUACAAAACCUGAAGACUUCCCUGUCUCAGAAGAGGGCCCAGGACACACAAGAUCACCUCUACCGUUCUGAGAAUGAAUCUCCACAAUGUGUUCAUUGGGGAAAGCAAGCAAAGAUUAACAAGGCAGCAAGACGUGUGCUUUUACUCCUGGCAUCCAGUCCAAGUUCUGGUGACGCCACAUACAUAGGAAGUCCACAGCGGCAUGACAUUUUUCAAGACCAUGCCUCAGAUGAAAAGUUGGGUUUCUCCUCAGCCCAGAGAAUGAAGCUGACGGAUGAUAAUACUGGUCAUGGCAUGGCACCUGGAAUGAAUGAAAUCAUGUCAUCCCUUCACGGUGAGUGUUCAGAUUGGAAUUAG